GUGGGCAAGUUUGGGGAAGGCUGCCACCCGCCUCGGUCCUCUGAAGGAGCCUGGUCCUCCCUCUCCUGGGGCCCACACUCUCCCCAGCAGCCACCCCAGAGGCCUCUCCUCUGGCCUCGAGGGCUCUGCUUGUCUUCUCAUCCCCGGGAGGAGAGUGAGGCCAUGGGGCUGCCCCUGCUGCUGCCUCUGCUGCUGCCCCUGCUGCCACCGGCAUCUCUGCAGGGUGAUCACUGGGCACAACCAUACUUUCAGUUUGAGAUGAACCAGCCAACACAACUCUCAGCCCCUGAGGGUGGCUCCAUCCGCAUCCCCUUCUCCUUCGACUACUCCCUGGACUCAGGCAAGGUUUCCAAUGUGAAAAUAUCCUGGAGAUGGAAACGCUUCCAUGGGGAUUUCAUCUACAAAACGACCCCCCGACUCAUCCAUAAGAACUUCGAGAACCGGCUCCUCCUGAACUGGGAAGAGGGUAUGAAGAACGGCUCCCUCCAGAUCUCGAACCUGCGGAGGGAGGACGAGGGUUCAUACUUCUGCCGGGUGGAGAUGAUCACAGAGAAAUACGGUGCACAGGAGUGGCAGUCCACCCAGGGGACCGAGCUCACGAUCACACACGCUGCCAAGACGGCCACCCCGGGCCCCACCACUUCUGCCAGCACCACGGCCACCACUGCAGCUGACCUCUGGGACCUGGAGGGGAAAAGGAGUUCAGGGUGUUGGCUCCUGAAUAAGGAAGCAGUGGUCAGGUUGGCCCUGCCCAGCGCUGUGCUCAAGAUCGCGAUUUUGGGACUGAUGGUCUUCCUCAGGUGGAAGAGAAGCAAAGAGGAUCCUUCCAGAACCUGGAGGAGAAAUACCAGAACAUUGGGAACAAAGAGCAACAGACAGACCCCGAGGAGUGUCAUAAGAGAAGCAGCUCAGACCUGGCCUGAAAUGUUACAGGGAAGUCUGGAGAAGGAUGAUGGCAUCCUCUAUGCCUCCCUCACCCUCCACAACGUGCCCUCCCGCCCACGGGGGCCCCCAGCAAGAGACCCUGUGCUCUGCCCUGAAGACCUAAGGACUGGGACGAGUGAUGACCUCCUUAGGGUCAGCCGUGCACGGGAAUCUCACUUCCCCAUAAUCACAGCCACACACAGACCGCUCAGAAGCCAGCAGGUGCCGAAGGCCACCGAGGACCUGAGCACCUACCUGCUCCAAUUCCUCUUUGACUUCCCAGCCCUUGACCACACGAAUAAAAGUACCUGUAUGAUUUGACCGAUUGCAUCUAAGGAGAAAGUGGUGUCACCCGUAACUUCUGUCCCGCUGUCCAAAAAGGAACCAUAAUAUACAGCUCACACCCAGA